AUGUGUCCCCGCACGGUGUCCGCGUGUCCCCACACCGUGUCCCCACACCGUGUCCACACACUGUGUCCGUGUGUCCACACGUGUGUCCACACUGUGUCCGCGUGUCCCCGCGCGGCUCACGCGGCUCCGUCCCGCGCAGAGUCCACGCUGCACCUGGUGCUGCGCCUGCGCGGGGGCAUCAUCGAGCCGUCGCUGCGGCAGCUGGCGCAGAAGUACAACUGCGACAAGAUGAUCUGCCGCAACCCUGGCCAUGCCAUGCGGGCUGACGAGCUCCAGCUGGCAGCGGGACGCAGCACCCUGGGCCCUGCAUCCCAUUUGAGCAGCGCACACAGGAUGAUUUACUGCCCGGGUCCCGUGUCCAGCCCCGUCCCGGCCGUCCCCAGGGGCCACCGCGCGUACCUGAGCGCCGCGCCGCACUACGACUUCCCCCGCUACCGGCAGCUGGUGCACGAGCUCACGGUGGCCUUCGGGGGCAUCUCGCGGGAGGUGCUGAGCAUCGAGCGGCGGCUGCGCGAGCAGCUCGGCCGCCCCGAGCUCGCCCAGCACCUCGUCCGCAUCCAGGAGCGCGAGCAGGAAAAGCUGCAGCUGCCAGCGCUGCUGCAGCUGGCCCGGCAGCGCGC